AUGCCUGAGGUGGUCUUCUCUGGCGGCUGCGGGUGCAUCAUUCAGAAGUCUAUCCAGUGCAGGUCGAUGCCAGGGCCGUAUGCAGUUGGCCCUGACGUCAUGGACCAGGCAGACCAGUUCGGGCGUGGCCAGCCCGAUGAGGACGCCGCGCGGGCCGCGGCCGCGGCCCUCGCCGCCGCCGCGGGGGCGGCCGCGGAGAGGGCCGCCGGGGCGGCGGACGCCGAGGAGGCCGCUGGGGCCGUGGAGGACUGGGUCCCCGAGGGGGGCGGGUCGCUCAAGCAGCUCAUCGAGGAGUACGCCGAGAUCGAGGCUUCAAGAAUGAGGUUAUUCUACCGCCAGAUCCCGCUCAGCAACGACCAGUUGACGCUGCGGUCGUAUGGAAUUAAGGACGGGGAUACAAUCUCCCUCCGCAUCCAGCGGUUCGUGCCCGGGUGCUCGAUGGGCAGGGACGUGCAGCUCGCGACGUCGAAGCGGCUGGAGCCGAGCGCCGAGGAGCGGAGCGGGGCGUCCAAGUACGACGGCUACUCCCUGCGGUUCUGCAAGCGCCUGAAGGAGUUCCGCAAUGCAAACGGGGACGUGUACAUGCAGCCCAAAUGGUGCUCCGAGAUGAACCCGCGCCUCUUUGCCAAGGUCGGGGUCGCCGUCGACGGCGCUGGCAACUUCUCGGCGGCACCCAACCAGCUGGACGCGCCCAUCUGGAUCCGGGACAAGGACAACGAGAAGCUGCGAAGGGUGCGCCUGGCCGUGGCGGGCAGGAUGUGAGCCGUUCGACGCGAUGCCAAUCAGCGGCCGCGUUGUGGUCAGUUCCAUUGCCCGUCUUCCCCCCUCCUCCCUAGUCUCCUAUCUGCGCGCUGGCGCGCGAAUCUCAGCGCCGCGCAGGCAUCGGUUGCACAACUGUUUGAUCUGCAAGGCGAGAGCGAACCUCUUCCGCUGAAAGCUAAGCGGGACGCGCACAGCUUUAAUUAGCAGAGAAAGGGCGGAAGAAGGCGGGGCCUCACGCGGCCGGGAGAGGGCAAAUUCUCUCCUUGCGCGCCCAAGAGGCUGUAGAGCUGCAGGGCUGUCUCAUCACUUGCAUAGUAUAUGCUGCCAGAAUGCUGGCCAAGCUUGGCCGCGCUUCAACGAUUGUGCGGCGCGGGCUCCGCCGUGCCCGCUCGCCGCGUCUCACUGCCUGCACGGCGCCGUGGCCUUUUUCUGUGCACGGGUCGGUCCAGCUGCAGAGCCCACUGUCGCCGUUGCGGCUCUCGGCAGCCGCGCGCAGGAAAG